ACGCAAAAGAAGUUCGCCAUUGGACGCCAUUGGAUGACUGCAAGUAACUCGGGCGAUGCGGUUUUCGGCGUGGAGAUGGUGAGCGGAGUCACAUAUGACAUGUAACGUCGCUGAUGCCUGGUUUUGACGCCUGAGAGUGAGUCUUCUUGAAGAAAUUAUUAUUAAUUACGGAGAAGCAAAGCAUAAUAAAAACUCUUCAUGUUCGUUUGGCGAGCACAUGAAUAUGAAAGUAUAUUCCUACUUCAACCCAAUAUGAUAAUAUGCGUUUAUAUUAUAUGCCUUUUGUUAUACCUAAAAUUCUGAAUUCGUCCCUUUAGGUCAGUAAAGGUCAAUAGAACAUCGUUUUUUUAUGUCCCCGAUACAUUUUAUGUAAUUGCCAUUUCUUGUAUCAUUUAUUUUUUGAUCAUAUUGUAACAACCCUGUUUUUCACUACCAGUUUUAUGACGCUUGUCCACAUUGAUUGAUUUUGCACAGUACGUGACUUCAUACAUAUUCAUUCUGUAAGCUCUUUCCCCCAAAGCUGGUACAUUAGUCUGUCUUUGUAAUAUGUUAAUCUUAAAUUCAAUGUGUCCAAUAAUAAUAAUACUCUGUCGGGAACUCUUCCUGAAUAAUUCUUUUAAAAAUCUUAAUACAGGCGCUGUGGGAAAUUCAGAAUGGUUCCAUGCCAUCAGUUACAAAUGUGGAAUUGUGUGUACAUUUCGUUUUAUCGGAUGCCAAAAUCUAAGGUAUUAAUUCGUACGUGACAGCAGAUUUCAGAGAUGUCUUGAUUGAUGAAUUAGUGUGUGUGCAAUCUCGAGUCCUGCAGAAUUUAAACGAUACAAGCCAAGGGAGUUUUAUUUUUUGUUAUCUAUAUAUAUAACUGACGCUGAAAAUCCAGAUGAGAUAACAUAUUAUCAAGAGAAAUAUUUGAACAUAGCCGUUGAGUUAAGCUGACUGAGCAAAAAAAGAAAAAGCAGACCACCAUGACUCAUGAGCCUGGGUUUUCAAAUACAUUUUUUACAUCCCUGGUACAUUAAUUACCAAGCCUAACGAGGUUGAAUUUGCAAAAGCCGGAAUGUAAUUAGUCUAAGUGAACAUAUUUCUGUUGUCCAAGUCCUGGUUGUAUAUCGAUUUCUCUCUAUACAGUAAGUCCACCCACAGAGUGUAAAGCAGAGCGCUGCGGGAUUUCAACCGCGCUUCGUUUUAUGAGAAAGUUUUGGACUCUUUAGGUUGCCGUACACCGGAAGUGAACCCAAGAGCGCGAGGCUGUGUGUUUCCUGACAGAGGUCACCACAGAAUAGCAAAUACAGUGAUGGGAGGUGAUCAGGGGCAUGGCAAACUGGUGCUGCCAGACUACAAGCAGUGGAAGGUGGAGGGAACUCCACUGGAAUUUACUCAGGAGAGGCUGGCACGCAGAGGCCUGAAGGACCCUUGGGCUCGGAAUGAAGCGUGGCGUUACAUGGGGACAUUUGCAAAACCAGUCACCUUCCGAGAUGUCCUGUUGCGGGGAUUUAAAUGGGGAUUUGCAGCAUUUGUGGUGGCCGUUGGUGUGGAGUACGCUCUCUCUGGCCCCCACAAAAAGUCUGAACACUAACACACCAGUGUGAUGGAAUGAUCACUGAAGCUACACAAGAAUAAUGUCCUUGCAACAUUUAUCGUACAGCUUCUAUUUGAUUAUAAUGUCCACAGUCACGCUCCCCUAUCCAGUGUGAACCACCUGCACUUUGGAGAUUGACCACAUAUUGUAUCUGAGCCAGCUUCCAGGAUGGAUCAUGGGCAGAAUAAAAUUGGUCUUUUCGAUUUAAUAAAUGUACUCCUUUAUGAUCGAUGUCUUAUAUUAUUUGCUCAUAGUGAUGUGUACCUGUUCUCAAUUUUAACAACUAGUUAAUCUCAGCAGGGCUAUGUGUGGAAGCACAGCAGCUGUAUUGUGAGUGUUCUGGUUUCUUGUUGGCUUAUGAUGUACCUGUACUAAGACACAGUACAAUGCUUUGGAAUGAUGUUCACUUUAAUGAAACAUGCAGACAAAUAGCAUGGUAGCAUAGAGUGUAAGCUUACAGCCCUGCUGCUAAGUACUUGUGCAAGACUACUAAUCUAAAAAAAUGAUUCUGUAAAAUGGUCAUGCUUUUAAAUGGAAUACUUUUUACCUUGGGUGAAAAAUUAGGCAUAAAAAUCAUGUAAUGCACAUAUUUUGAACAUAUCAAACAAAUACUUAGUAACACUUCCAGUGGUUUAACUUGCUUAGCAAUGGCAACAGUGUAUAGGAACUGGUGUGACUACAAUUAUGUGGUCAGACAAUUGUUUCUCUAAAUUAGUGUUUUUGAUCCUAGGCCAUGCUUUACCAAACUUCCAUUCCAGCUGAGCUUGUAUAAAUACCCUUGAUUUGAGGAAUGAAGCGUGGCGUUACAUGGGGACAUUUGAUUGACUGAAUAAAUCACAUGAUUUGAGUUGUUUUAGCCAGACAGUUGGUUGAGGACAGGCAAGUCUUUGUGUUCUGUGUUAUAGAAAAAAUGAUGAGAACAUCAAAAGGAAUGGUUCUAAAUCUUUGGUUUAUUCUUGCCCUUGAACGGAUAAUCAUUUUUCAGUUUUUCCAGAUAACUUUCUCUUAGACAAUUUGAUUAAAUUUACUUCAGCAUUACUUCUUUUUGUUUGGUUUGACAAAGAUGAAAAAAAAGUGGUGCUCUGCAAAUUUAUUGUGCUUGUAACAAAAAUUGAUAUUCAGUCACUGAUUAUUCAGUGUAGUUUGAAAUAUUUAAAUGUUCAGUUCAGAAGUCCAUAUUCUUAACUGUUACACUACCUAAGCGCCUCUCUGUCACUGUAGAAUCUUUUACAGUGAUAUAUCAAUCCAUACUUUAUAAAUAUUUGUGCAUCCUUCAAUCUAACUCAUUAACACUUUAAAAUCAAGUCUAAUUAAAUCAAGGUAUCUUGAUGGAGAGCUGGCACACAGCACAUGACUACAGGAACUUGGUAGUCAAACACUGCCUUACAUUGUAAUGCUUUUACUGAACUCAGUACUUGUUGUGACAGACAAAGAUUUCUAUUGCCCGGUGGGAAAUGCUGAUAGAAUUCUCAAUUAGUUUCAGAUUGAUUAAUACAGAUAGCCUGGACAUGUACUGGGUUCAGUAAAAGUAACUACAGGUGGUAUCGGCCUCCUGCUAGAUAAGGAGCAUCAGUGACAGUACAGCAAAUGCCAGAUUGUAUGCCACCUAUCAGUUCAACCAAUUUUCUCAUGCUAAUUAAUUGAAUUAGAUGAUUAUUUAGAUGUUUAAUUUAUGGAUGGCCAUGAUGUAUAUUUUUAAAAAGAUUCCUUAACUAAUUUUCACUGUCAGUUUUUAAAGAAGGAUCUGAUUGUUCAAAAAAGUUGUGAAUUUAUGCUCAUUAUGUAAAUGAAUCUACUGGCACAUCUGGUAGUGUAGUUGUUAGAGUUAGUGCCUUUGGAUCAAAAAGAUUGCAGGUUUGAU